AUGUAAAAUUAGAAUAAGUAAGUGCUUGUUCCAGUUGGUGAUGGAUGCGAAGAAAUUGAAACUGUGGCUAUAAUCGAUAUAUUACGAAGAGCAAAUAUCGAUGUUACAUUUGCAUCGAUAAAGCCUGUUGAAGAUGAAAAAGCUCCUGUGAUAGUGGGUAGAUCUGGAAUAUCUUUUAUAUGUGAUACAUAUUUAACAGAGGCAGUUUUAAAAUAGCAAUUUGAUCUAAUAGCUCUUCCAGGGGGACUGUCAAAUGCGUAAUCUUUAGGAACACAUUAGCCUUUGUUGGAUCGAUUAAGAUAACAAUAGGAGGAAGGGAAAUGGAUAGCUGCCAUUUGUGCUUCUCCCUAGUUGGUUUUGGACAAGAAUGGUUUUAUGAUUAAUUCAACAGGAACCUGUCAUCCAGCUCAUGUUUAGGAUUAUAAAGGAUAAUUUUCAGAGGAUCGAGUUCAUGUCAGCAACAAGUUUAUUACAUCAAGAUCUCCAGGAACUGCCAUAGAAUUCGCAUUGGCUUUGGUUGAAUUAUUGGUAGACUAGCACACAGCUGUUUAAAUGGCAAAAUCGUUAUUAGUAAAGCGAUGA